AUGGAUACCUUCCAUCCAGACAUAGUUGUUGGUGUUGACUUUGGGAUGACCUGCACUGGGGUCGCCUACUCGUGGGGGCCAGACUGGGCAGAUCCAAAAACCAUCCAGCAUUGGCCAGGAAAACUAGGUCACGAAAUCCGCAACAAGGUCGACACAGCCAUUGCCUACGACAAGCGUACUGGUAAUCCAGUAAGCUGGGGGUUCCUGGUUGACUAUGCAGCCGAAGAAGUCGAGAUUCAAGAACUUUUCAAGCUGUAUCUUGACUACGCCUACGAGGAUGAGUUCAAGGCCCAUGCGACGGUCGACAUGGCACGUGGCUGGCUGAAGGACUAUCUCACGUACCUCUGUAACGCCGUCGCUCGGAAUUUCGACGAGUCUCUCCCCCGUUGGCGGUCGAAGAACGUCGAGUUCAACUUCAGCGUGCCCACAACGUGGAAGGAACCGGGGAUGAUUACUGACAUAGAAGGCAUCAUCAAAUCUGCCGGAUUUACAGCACAAUCCAACUUUCGGGCGCGGGUGACACUGACGGAAGCAGAAGCGGCAGCUGUUUCGGUGUCGAAACAACACCUGGAAAAGGGCGACUGCUACGUCGUCUGCGACGCCGGAGGUGGAACCACGGACGUGAACGUGCUAAAGAUCCAGACGACAGCUUCUGGUCAAACGAUCCUCGACCCUCUCAGCUGGGUGGAAGGCAGAGCAAUCGGUUCAACCAUUAUUGACUUCAAAAUGGAAAACUUCAUACGCCAAAGGCUCGAAAAGAUUCGGCACGUCUUGCCAAUGGAGCCGGACCUGUUGGCUGCGAAGAUGGUGAACCAUCGAUUCGAGACGUACAAGUGUUCCUUCGGUACCGAUGCUUAUGCAGCUUUGGAUCUUGUCAUCCCUAUCCCUGGUUUACCGGCUGGGUCGGAUUUUCCUCACGCCGAGAUAAGCGACUCAAAGUUAAUCAUAAAGAGGGCUGACCUCCAACGAUUAUUUGAUGAACAGAUCAACAAGAUGACUUCCCUUGUUGACGCACAGCUUCAUCGACUGCAGUCAACUCACCCGAGAGAGAAGGUUUCGUAUAUCGUUCUGUCGGGUGGCCUGGGUAGCUCUCCCUACGUCAGACAACAAUUCCGCAAGCGCUAUCAACUUGGAGAUAUUGGACUGCCAAACGCGGCCUCUGUAGAGGUCUUGACGACACGAGAGCCACAGUUGGCAGUGGUCCACGGUCUUGUACUCGAUCGAAUUCAGGCGUUGAAGUUCGAUACGUGCAUACUUCCAGCGCGAUGCUCACGGCACAGUUACGGUAUCGUGGUAAGAGUUCUGUAUGACCCUGUCGAGCAUCUCGGAGCAGAUAUUGUCAUCGAUCCACGGGAUAAGUCAAAAUGGGCCGAACAGCAGAUUCACUGGCUCGUCCGACAGGGAGAGACGAUCUCGACCGAGAAAGGAGUCAGCAACCGGUAUCGUCUGAAGAUCAACUUGGGGAGGGAAUCGAUCCCCUGGCGAACACAAAUUGUCAUGUCCAGCCUGCCUUCUAACCAACUCCCGCGCAGCAUGAAAAGCAACGUCGGCGUUAAAACGGUCUGUUUGGUCGAGACUGUCAUGGACAAGAGAGACUUGAAGCUUAAGAAUCGGCAUUGGUACAAUUUUGGACCGCAGUACUACCGCGCCGAGUUUGACGUCAAAAUACUUGUCGGGUCGGCGGACCUGAAAUUUCAAAUAUGGGGGGAGGGAGGUCGACGACUGAGCAAAGAACACGAUGAAAUAGAAGUGUCCUGGAGUGCACCAAACAGCCCGGUGUUGCAGAAUCCCACAUCAGGAGAGGAGAUUAAUUUUGGGAUGUAUAGAAUGUGA